AUGGGCGAUUCAACUCCAACGGAUGCAGUUCAAACGAUGGCUGUGACUCCCAGCAUACCAGACACAAGCACCACUUCUGUUUAUUCUGAUCUCGGUGCCGAAUCUACGAAUCUGAAUGCUGUUAGCGCCAAUACAGCAAGCCUCAGUCUUGGGCCUGCUGCGUCCACCAGCACCCUCAACAACGGCCCUUCUUGGUCAACCCAGUCUUCGUCUUUGACCUCUGAGCCUGGCAGUGUUUCAACAUCUAUAACCAGCCUCUCGCGCUCUCCAUCCUUCACCCACCCAACGACGUCGAGCCUGCAGGAGUCCUCGAUUACCACCUCUACCAGCAGUGCAAGCAUCCCCACUACACACCAUGCUAGUAGCGGGAUCAGUGAAGGUGGUCUUGCAGGAGCUAUCGUAGGCUCUAUUGCCGGCACAUUUCUUCUUACGCUCCUAGGCGCUAUCCUACUCUUUCGUCGUAGGAGAAACAGGAAGUCUCACGCAGAGACGAAUGGAGGGAGGACGACGACCUCCCAGAUCUAUGUUCAACCAACUCACUCAUCACUUUCGUCCGCGAAGAAAGCAGGAAUGACUGCUCAGUCGGUCCCGGUCGGGGCGCAAUACUUGGACAUGUCGUGUUAUGUCCCACAACCGCCAGAUGACGACACGACGGCCUUGCGCAUCCAAACACUCUUCGACCGAGCCAGUCUUCAUAUAGACAAUUACUACUCGGCAGGCUCCCCCAGAAGUCGCUUGUCACAAGGAGGAGUAGCCCCCUCGAGCAUUGAACACUAUAACUCCGAUUUCUUGCCUAGCCGAUUGACUGUCAUGCUCUCGAAACCACGCGCUGGAGGAGCCGUCCUAACGCAUGUUUUGGUCCGAGCCCUUCUGCAGGGGAUAGAGCCAGGUCGGCAAACCAGGUGCCUGCUCCCGACGCCGUACGCGUCCGGUCUGUCAGUAAAUAUGGACAACGAUGACACCAGCCCCAUAUUCGCCUGGCGCAUGCUCACAGCGUACCUCCACCGGAUAGAACGUCCAGCUCAAAACCAACCGGCAUUGACCCCCCCAGAGGACGUGAUCGAAUUGCUCGCCGAACGAUUCUCAACCACAUUUGUCUCGUAUAGCGACCCGCAGUUCUCCGAUUCCGACCGCCUGGCACACCUGAUCAGCGUUUUCCGAGCAGCGUCAGACCUGGGAAUUUGGCUGUUCUCUCAUCCGUGUGUUUUUGAUUACCGGUGGGAUACAGAUUCAAUUUCUUCGGACCAGGUGGUUCUUUUUCCGGCGGUGUUUAAGGUGUCUGAUGAGUUUGGUCGGCGGUUGUCGGCGCCUCAGAAGUUAGUAGAGAGAAAGGUGGCGCGUGUAUAA